AGCGGGCCGUAGUUUCAGUAUAAACAAGGAGCCCGGCUGGUUGUGCGGGAUUUUUCUCCACUUCCCGCGCGCUUCUGCUCCCCGGCCUUUGAUAGUGUUUGUGGGCGCGCGGCCAACAGCCGGGAAGGCGAGGACUGGGGUCCACUGCAGGUAGGUCAUGCCUCAGACGCCUCCCUUUUCAGCCAUGUUUGACAGCAGUGGUUAUAACCGAAACCUCUAUCAGUCUGCAGAGGACAGCUGCGGGGGGCUGUAUUACCAUGACAACAACCUCCUCUCCGGAUCUCUGGAAGCACUCAUCCAGCAUUUGGUACCUAACGUGGAUUACUAUCCGGAUAGAACAUACAUAUUUACCUUUCUACUCAGUUCUCGGUUAUUCAUGCAUCCGUAUGAGCUAAUGGCCAAAGUUUGCCACUUAUGUGUUGAGCACCAGAGACUAAAUGACCCAAACAGUGAUAAGAACCAGAUAAGAAAAAUUGCACCCAAAAUCCUUCAACUUCUGACAGAAUGGACAGAAACUUUUCCUUAUGAUUUUCGGGAUGAAAGAAUGAUGAGAAACUUAAAAGACCUGGCUCACCGAAUAGCCAGUGGCGAGGAGACAUAUAGGAAGAACGUCCAGCAGAUGAUCCAAUGUCUAAUCCGCAAGCUUGCUGCCCUCAGCCAGUAUGAGGAAGUCCUGGCAAAAAUCAGCUCCACCUCUACAGACCGGCUCACAGUUAUCAGGACCAAGCCACAGUCCAUACAAAGGGACAUCAUCACUGUCUGCAGUGACCCUUACACGUUGGCCCAGCAGCUGACUCACAUAGAGCUGGAAAGGCUCAAUUACAUCGGGCCAGAAGAAUUUGUUCAGGCAUUUGUGCAGAAGGAUCCUUUGGACAAUGACAAGAGUUGUUACAGUGAACGGAAGAAAACACGGAAUUUAGAGGCUUAUGUGGAAUGGUUUAAUCGCCUCAGCUACUUGGUUGCAACGGAAAUCUGCAUGCCUGUGAAGAAGAAGCACCGGGCAAGGAUGAUUGAGUACUUCAUUGAUGUCGCUCGGGAGUGUUUUAACAUCGGCAACUUCAAUUCCUUAAUGGCAAUCAUCUCUGGCAUGAAUAUGAGCCCAGUGUCUCGACUAAAGAAAACUUGGGCCAAAGUGAAGACUGCGAAGUUUGAUGUGCUUGAGCAUCAGAUGGACCCUUCCAGUAAUUUCUAUAAUUAUCGAACGGCUCUUCGUGGGGCAGCGCAAAGGUCUUUAACUGCUCACAGUAGCAGAGAGAAGAUUGUGAUACCAUUCUUCAGUCUUUUAAUCAAAGAUAUUUACUUUCUCAAUGAGGGCUGUGCCAACCGCCUUCCAAAUGGCCAUGUCAACUUUGAGAAAUUUUGGGAACUGGCCAAACAAGUGAGUGAAUUCAUGACGUGGAAACAAGUGGAAUGUCCAUUUGAGAGGGACCGGAAGAUCUUGCAAUAUCUGCUCACAGUGCCAGUCUUCAGUGAAGACUCUCUGUACUUGGCUUCCUAUGAGAGUGAAGGACCUGAAAAUCAUAUAGAGAAAGACAGAUGGAAGUCUUUAAGGUCCAGCCUUCUAGGCCGAGUUUAACAAACGGGAUGCUGGCUGCCGCUGUGUCACGCCGUCAUUGAGGGGCUGGCCUUGGUUGUCGGGCACCUGGGACUGCAAACAGUCAGGAAGGCCCCGCAAGCCUUGAUUUGUAAGGGACCUUGAAGAACAGACUCUGGAGAGCAGACGGGGAACUCGUUCCCCACAGCUGACAGACUGACUCGGAUCUUGUGAGACUGAAAUGUGCACUGAAGACACUCGAGAAAGAAUCCUCUGAAGAUCCCAGCUCUGCACAUGACUCAUCUCCUGGAAUUUCCAUGUGACUCACAGCUCUGCACCUGGAUGGAGCUUUCUUUUGUGUGUGUUUUUAUUAUUGGUUGAACAUUUGCUGCUAAUGGGACUUGUCCAGCUGAGCGCUGGCUCGUAGGAAGCCCAUGUUUCUUUGUUAACUUAAAUGGAGGAGGGAGAGGAAAAAUCCCUCCCAUUCGAUCGCAAACUUCAGCUCGGUGAAUGGCCAGGAGAGGAAGACUGGUUGAAAGCUGGCUGUGGACUUCGUUUCCCUUAGUGUGUGCUGUGUUGUGAAUUCCUCUCCUCCCUCUUCCGACAAAGUUUUGAGUUGGCUGCUGGUUAGCAAACUCCUUUUUACCCACAUAAGUUAUUUAAUAUAAUAAUGAAGCUCAACACUGUGGUAGGAAAAUAGCCACUAGGAAAAAGAAAAAGCAGAGUUUGUCAUUGGACUGCUUCAUGUUCUCGAAAGCGUUCUUGUUUCCUUUACCCCUCUGAGCUGUUUACAGCUGACCACUGUGUUGCACAGAUGUAUUUUUCAGUAGUUUUUUUGUUACUUAGUUUUCCAUGACUCAUAUUUUUUUUCUCUUGUAUAUUUAAAUUAUCUGACUUUAAGGGUCUUGGAAAAACCCAGGCCUAAUUACAACUUAAUUUUUUUUUAACAGAGUUAUUUUUCAUUGCCUUUUGGAGGCUGUCGGUGACUAAACAUGUGAACAAAGAAUACGUUGGAAAGGUUACCACCCCCAUGCCACCCCCGCCCCCACUACAGCCGUGCACAAAGCAAAUGAAAAACAUCUUGCUGUUAACUCAAAGGUCAACCUAACUGUGAAAAUUGUUCACCUUGUUAAACAUCUCAAUAAGUCUGUAGUUGCUCUGCAAAAAGGCAUUGUACUUAUUUACUCUAGGAGAAGCUGUAGAGUAGUAAACCGUGCUAAUGAACAAAACAAAACAUCGUGCUCAAAACAGAGAUGUAUUUGAAAAUCUUAAUGACGUGGUUUCAGAAAACAGCAUGUGUGUGUGCUGCACGCCAUCCCAGCAGACCUGCCAUGUCUCCAAGUUCUCCCUUUAGCAUCAUCAAUAUAGUUCAUACUCUGCA